GGUGUUGCUACAAGACUCGCGGGUCAGAGAGGGUUUAGACUCUCGAGCCUGUGUUAGCGGCCGCCCAUCUUCGUCACCACCAGAUUGCUAACGCUGUGGUUGCUGGGCACUAACAGCGGUUCUCAGGUUCCUUGACAGUUGGCUCUGACACCAGUAAAGACCAGUGGAGGGUAAGGAGAAGGAGACGUAGCGAGGUUCCUUCACAAUGCCCGACAAUCCUCCCGCCACUCCAGCCGUGGACAAGACGCCAUUCAAAACCAAAUUCAUAGAAUCUGAGAAAGUGUUGUGUUUCCAUGGGCCACUUAUCUAUGAAGCCAAGUGUCUCAAAGUACAAGUGAAGGAGAAACAAGUCAAAUACUUCAUACAUUAUACUGGCUGGAACAAAAACUGGGAUGAAUGGGUUCCAGAGAGCCGUGUUCUGAAGCUCAGUGAUGCAAACAUCAGCCGACAGAAGGACCUGCAGAAAGCACAUGAGGCUUCAUUAAGAAACAAGAAAUCUAAGAAGGAAAAAAAGAAAAUAAAAGAACUAGGUAAAGAUGGAUUGCCUAUUGGGGGAAGCAGCAAUGCAGGUGGCAGCUGUGGCAACACAAGUGGUGGUGGUGAAGACUCUAGAUCCUCCACCCCAAGCACAGACCGCUCUAGUAGUGGACCAGGAAAGCGCUCUGCUGCUUCUACACCUACCACUCCUGCCUCUGUGAAAGGAGAUGAUUCGGAAAAUCGGAAGAAGCGGUCCAGAUUAGAAAAUACUGUUGAUACCAAUGGAUCAGCACAAGGCCCAGAGAAUGUGGUAACACGGACUGUAGAUGACGAAGAUCAGUUUAUGACAUCAGUGGAAGUGAGAGUUAAGCUUCCGGAUGAACUUAAACCAGCACUGGUAGAUGACUGGGACCUCAUCAAUCGACAGCGCAAACUUGCCAUUGUCCCAGCCCGAGUGACCGUCGACACUAUCCUUGCUGAUUAUAUUCGUGCCAAGACAAAUACCAAAAAUAGUACACCUAACAAAGAAAGUGCAGUUCAGGAAGUUGUGGCUGGUUUGCGGGAAUACUUCAAUGUCAUGCUGGGUACGCAACUUUUGUACAAAUUUGAAAGGCCACAGUAUGCAGAGAUCCUCCAGCAACGCAAGGACAAACAAGCUAGUGAUACAUAUGGCUUUAUCCACCUUAUUAGGUUAUUUGUGCGAUUAGGACAAAUGUUGGCAUACACACAGUUGGAUGAGAAGAGUGUUACAUUACUGAAUUUCCACCUUCAAGACUUCUUGAGAUUUACGGUGAAGAACAUGGAGACUUAUUACAGUAUCCAAGAUUAUGGGGUGGCACCUCCUGAGUAUCACCGCAAAGCCAUAUAACAGUGUGAUGGGAUGGAUGCCUUAGGGACCUGUUAGUGUUUGUUCCCGAAAGUGAUGAUCCACUGGAUGUUUUCGUCCGAAACUUACCUGACUUUUUACAAAGUAAUUGAAUAUAUGAGUAGUGCUUUUGGAAACUGCAUGUCCUUAAAUAUGUGAUUAAGUGAGGAAGAUCAUUGGAAAAUUUUUACCCAACAUCUCUCUGUAUGGUUUUUGAAAUCAAGGUGAGAUCACCACUUAACUGUGAGGAAGGCUGAAUUCCAAAGAACUAGAUUGACUAAUUGUUUGAAAAGGAGUUUACUUAUUUUCUGUAUUCCACUCCACUAUACAUAUUUUAUUUUGAAUGACAGCUCAUGAAUGUGUAUUGAACUUGUGAUGAGUAUGGGGGUAUUUCCUGAAGAAAUCUACAGAGUAGGAGAUGUUUUCUUGUUUCCUUUUUAAUAUUCAAGGCUGAGAAUGAAGCCUUUUUUAUAUUCUUGAAGAACUGCAGAUAUCCCAUGUUAAUAUAUUCACAGCAUGUAUGAAAUAAUUACUCCUUUAAAAGAAUUAUAAACAGUAUUUAAGUGCUUUGUGUUGGUAAUUAUUGGAAUUAUGACAUGAAACAUAAAGGGACUUAAGCUCAGAAAAACAGUACAGUAGUACGCUGUAUCAGCCAAAGAUAAAUCCUGUACACGUUCCCUAUAAAUACUGGCAAGUUUAAGUAAAUGUACAAGCCACAUUGUUACAGCGCAGCUCUUGGUCGUGUGUGUCUUGUUGUUCUUCAAGAGGUCUCAUUCUUUGAAGUUAAUUGCUGGAUAUAUUUUGAGAAUGAAUCCCUAAGAUUGUGAGAAAGUGAUUCUUGGGAUAUUGUAAAGUCACUGGUCAAAUUGGCUUUAGUUCUAAUAUGCCUCAACCAAACCUAACCUUUAAGAUGGGCUUAUUGGGCAUGGGGUCCAUUUGACCCGUCACUUGUUAUAAUUCUCACUUCUUUACAUUUGGUCUAGUGUUUAAGUACAUGUGGUACGAUGAACUCAAAGUGAAUGGCAGGAACCAGAGUUAAACUGUGCAGGGAUGUUGUCUAUUGGCAUGUAUUGUAAAGAAUUUAUAUAAUUAUUCAGUUAUACAGGGUGUAUUUAAUUAUUUUUACAAUUUCCAGAUAAGUCUUCUUAUCAGAAUACCAUUUUGAAAGAUAUUUAGCAGAUAGUUCUUUAAAAUUUCUUAAAAUUAUCACCAAUUAGUUUUCUUAACAGUACAAAACUUAUAUUGCAGCAGUUUUCAAGAGAGUAUCAAUUAAUUGUCUUACCAGGUUGCAAAACAUGAAUUGUAAUCUUUAGUAGCCAGUAUUUUUUAAAUACAAUUUUUCAGUUUGGCUACACAACAUAUUGUAGAUUUCAGUUUAGUGAACAGUUCAGUACUGUAUACCUCAGAAAUACGGCGCUGUUGGGACCAGCAGGGAACCAGAAUUGUAAAUUAUUUAUUUUCUGAAGAAAUAUAUUCCUCUCAGAGUGCUCCUAGAAACUGUGAAGGUAUAUUGGUUCCCACUUCUCUGGCCGAGUGCAAAAAGGGCCAUUGUUUAAAUUGAAAAUUUUUACAUAGGUCCUUUUUGUACUCAGUCAGAGAAUUAUUAUAAGUAAUUUCCUUCUAACAAUCACUCUUAGAAUUGGUUAUUAUAAAUAAUGAAUCUCUUAGGAAACUGUAGUCUUAUCACAUACAAAUAAUGUGAAAUAGACAUACUAUGGCAAAUUCUCAUUUUUAAUUAGUGAAAUAACAUAUUAUAUUUGUGAUAUGGGUAAGAAAAUUACUCACGGCUGUGCACCACUAAAUUUAAUGUUCACUGUUUCCAAAGCAUUGCAGUCAUGGUCUGAUGCCUUUUUCAAUGGCACUUGGUCACACUUCUACAAAGUUAACAAAUUGGUCAACUUUCCUGUAGUCCCAAUUUCGAUUUCCUUGUAAUUUACUUGGUCCCUUGAUUCAUGCAAUAUUUGAUAAAUACUGUAUCACU